AUGGUGAGCGAAAGGGGAAUUGAUGCAAACCCGGACAAGGUCCAGGCUGCAUUAGACCUACCCGAGCCGAAGACAAAGAGAGACGUACAGAGGCUAACAGGCAGGUUAGCCGCACUCUCACGAUUCAUAUCGAAAGCUUCGGAGAAGGGGGCACCCUUCUUCAAAGCUCUCAAACCAAAAACCCUCCCAGGAGGAGAAGCUGAGCAUAUCAAAAAGAAAGGCGUCCCGAGGAAAGUGGACCCCGAGCUGACGUGGGAACAAGAGCAGAAGGAUGCAUUUCAACAGCUCAGGGCUCACUUGGCCCAACUGCUGACACUAGCCAGGCCGAAAAAGGGGGAAACCCUAUACUUAUACGUCGCAGUUAGCCCCGGGACAGUAAGCGCAGUACUCCUGCGGGAAGAAGAGAAAAAGCAACAGCCAAUCUACUUCACCAGCCGAACCCUAACAGAUGCCGAGACGCGGUACCCACUCAUUGAAAAAGUAGCAUACGCAGUGGUGGUGGCAGCCCGAAAGCUUAGACCCUACUUCGAUUCUCAUCAAAUAGUGGUGCUAACUAACCAACCACUGGAAAAAGUGCUAGACAAGAUAGAGAGGUCGGGAAGAUUGGCUGCAUGGGCUUUCGAACUAUCUGAGUUCGGCAUCAAGUAUCAGCCGAGGACCGCCAUCAAAGCACAAGCACUCGCUGACUUCUUGGCCGAAUUCUCAUAUCAGGAAAUGUUGGAUGACACCAAAAGAACAUGGGAAGUAUACACUAACGGAUCUUCCACAGUGAACGGCUCGGGAUCCGGAGUAGUGCUGAUACCUCCAGUAGGAAAAAGCAUCGAAUAUGCCCUGAAGGCAUUGGCACACAAGGCAAUAAGGGCCGGGUUCUGGUGGCCCGCCAUGGUUUUCGAGGCAAAAGCGCUGACAAGAAAGUGCGAGAAAUGCCAGAAGUUCGCACCAGCAAUCAAUCAACCAGCUCAGACCUUACAAUCAACACUCUACCCCUUGCCAUUUGCACAAUGGGGCUUGGAUAUCAUCGGUCCAUUCCCCUCAGCUGUGAACCAGAAGAAAUGGUUGAUUGUAGGAGUCGAUUAUUUCAGCAAGUGGAUUGAAGCCGAAGCAGUUUCGUCCAUCACUGAACCACAAGUCCGCAAAUUCAUUUGGCAAAACAUCAUCACAAGGUUUGGUAUACCGAGGCUAAUGGUCUUCGACCAUGGAAAGCAAUUUGACAACACACCACUGCAGACGUGGUGCAAACAGUUUGAUAUCCACCUCGCCUACUCGGCGGUAUGCCAUCCUCAGAGCAACGGCCAAGCCGAAGCCGCGAACAAACUCAUACUCAACGAACUCAAGAAAAGAGUCGAGGAAGAAAAGAGUAAGUGGCUAGAAGAGCUUCCUGGAACACUCUGGUCCCUUCGGACCACCGAGAAAGAAGCCACGGGACAGACGCCCUUCCACCUGGUAUACGGUUCCGAAGCUGUCAUCCCUGUAGAGAUCGGAACAGAAAGCUUGAGGGUCCAAGCAUACAACAAGUAUGAUGGAACCCACGGACAAAGCAAUGAUCAACUUCUGACCGAAGCCCUAGAUCUACUAGAUGAAGCUCGGGACGAAGCCAGAACUCUCAACGCAGCUUACCAGCAGAGGGUUAGCAAGCACUACAACCGAAGAGUCAAUGCCAGACCUCUGAAGGUCGGCGACCUAGUGCUCAGGAAUGCUGCUGCAGUUCAAAAGGGAAGGAUCCAUGGGAAACUCUCGAUCCACGGAUCUGAAGAGCUCAAAAGCGAAACUCCUGACAGAAGAAAACCAGCGUUUCCAAAGAAAUCAAAGACUAAAGUCCAAGGCUACCGAGUCCCUCAGCAGAGCCUAAGGAAAGCUCAGAACUCAAAACGAGUCUCUUAG